AAUCCCACAAUACCAGGCGGGCUGGGCGAGCGAGUGGCGCUCCCGCUGUCUCUUUAAUGCAAGAGGAAGCGAUGAGGAGGGGUGGAAAAUGGCAGAGCUGCAGAUGUUACUAGAAGAGGAAAUCCCUACUGGCAAGCGGGCUUUGCUCGAGAGCUACCAGAACCUCACCAGGGUCGCCGACUACUGCGAGAACAACUACAUCCAGGCUCCAGACAAAAGGAAAGCAUUAGAAGAGACCAAAGCAUACACAACUCAGUCUUUAGCCAGUGUUGCUUAUCAGAUCAAUGCACUGGCAAAUAAUGUGCUCCAACUACUGGACAUCCAAGCAUCACAGCUCCGGAGAAUGGAGUCCUCAAUCAACCAUAUUUCCCAGACGGUGGACAUACACAAAGAGAAAGUGGCCCGUAGAGAGAUCGGAAUUUUGACAACCAAUAAGAACACAUCCAGAACUCAUAAAAUCAUUGCGCCAGCAAACAUGGAGCGUCCUGUAAGGUAUAUUCGAAAACCUAUAGACUACACAGUGUUGGAUGACGUGGGCCAUGGCGUAAAGUGGCUAAAAGCCAAGCAUGGAAACAAUCAGCCUGCAAGAACUGGCACUUUGUCAAGAACAAACCCGCCUACACAAAAACCACCAAGUCCUCCUAUGUCAGGCCGGGGAACUCUGGGACGGAACACUCCUUACAAGACGCUGGAGCCAGUUAAGCCGCCAACAGUCCCGAACGAUUAUAUGACUAGUCCUGCAAGACUUGGAAGUCAGCACAGCCCAGGAAGAACAGCAUCCUUGAAUCAGAGGCCCAGAACACACAGUGGCAGUAGUGGAGGAAGCGGCAGUCGAGAAAACAGUGGAAGCAGCAGUAUUGGCAUUCCCAUUGCCGUGCCUACACCUUCACCACCAACCAUUGGGCAAGCACAAAUAUUUGUUCCUCCUCCUCCUGAAGCACCGCCAGCACCUCCAAUGCCCCUGCCUCUCGUGAUUGGCAGUAUGAUAGCUGCUCCUGGGUCAGCCCCUGGGUCCCAGUAUGGCACAAUGACCAGGCAGAUUUCCCGGCACAACUCUACCACUUCUUCGGCCUCCUCUGGUGGAUUCAGGCGGAAUCCUUCUGUGACCGCUCCAUUUUCGGCUCAACCUCAUGUGAACGGCGGGCCCCUUUAUUCUCAAAACUCAAUUUCUAUUGCUCCGCCCCCUCCCCCUAUGCCUCAGUUGACUCCACAGAUACCUCUCACAGGCUUCGUGGCCAGGGUUCAGGAAAACAUUGCUGAUAGUCCAACUCCGCCGCCGCCGCCACCUCCUGACGAGAUGCCUAUGUUUGAUGACUCGCCGCCACCGCCCCCUCCGCCCCCAGUGGAUUAUGAAGAUGAGGAGGCUGCAGUCGUGCAGUAUAAUGAUCCGUAUGCAGAUGGGGAUCCCGCUUGGGCUCCUAAAAACUAUAUUGAGAAAGUUGUUGCCAUAUAUGACUACACAAAGGACAAAGAUGAUGAGCUGUCAUUCAUGGAGGGUGCAAUCAUUUAUGUUAUAAAGAAGAAUGACGAUGGGUGGUAUGAAGGAGUCUGUAACAGAGUGACUGGCCUGUUUCCUGGAAACUAUGUUGAAUCAAUCAUGCACUAUGCAGAUUAAAGUUCUCUCUUCAGGUCGGGUAUUGUAUUCAAUCAUGCCAUAAUUACUUACAAAGGGUAACUAAACGGUUAAGUUGUCUUAAUGCUCUUUUAAAAAAAGGUGUGCCCAUCCUUUCAGGCCAUACUGUUUAAAUGGUAUGAUUGAAUGUUCAUCUGUAAGCAUUUGUCUCUGCAGAGUUUGUAAAACAAGCAACUGUUUAUUACUGAUUAUGCUUAUUUACUUACGCAUUGUUGAUUUUUAUGACCAGCCUAAAUAUUCUGGGGAAGUAGGGUAUAUAAUAUUUAAUGACUCAUGAUUCAAAUUGUGCCAUUUCUUUUUUUUUUCCAGUGCAGCAUGGUAAACUAACAACGAUGUUAGACUAACAUUAAAAAUCUGGUUGAAAAGUUUAAUAGUGCUGGUCAUUUACCUUUGUUUAGACUCUUGCUCAUCCUCAACCUAUAGUAUUUGUUUAAAAGCAUGCAUACAAAAUUAUGUAUUGAAUUAUACUUUUUCAAAAAUCCAAGAUGCUUCCAAUUUGUUGUAAUCUUUUACCUGGAGUUCUUAGUCUACUCCAGAGAGUCAUUUGAGUCUCUAAGGUGUCCAUGUGAAUCAAAGAUGGGUGGUCUUAUGAUGUAUGUGUAAUUUGUACCUGAGUUUUUUUAAUGAGUAAAUUUGCAUUGACUUUUCCAUUCAUAAAUACAUAAGUGAACCAAAGGUCUUGUCCAUUACUUUGUUGACUUACCUUGGCAAAGCAAUAUUAGUGUUGACUUGAUAUCCCAUGACCAGGAAAACUAAAUUCGUGCAAGUUCACCAUGACUUUAAUGACCCACACAACUGUUUGGUUGCAUUUAUCGUUACAGGAACUGGCUGAACAUUGCUACCUUUGACUCACCACCAUAUUAAACUGCAGAAGAGCACAGUGGUAGAGUUAGUAGUGGAAACAACCUUAUGGGGUGGGCAUGUUUUGUAGAGGGGAGCAGUCCUAGGCCAGUGCAGUUGCACUUGGCAUCUUUGACAGACAUGAUCUGGAGGCCACUAUAGCACAUGAGGAGGGAUUCUUUCCUCUACUGUAAGAUGCGAUUGGAGCUGAACAAGCAAGAGAUGCAAGGCUGAUGCCUCUUUCUCUCUCUCCUGCCCAAAUGCUUCCUAAGCAGUGUGCAUCUAUGUAGCGGGAGCACCAAAACUACAACUCCAAGGGUUAGUUGUGGAUCCUUCCAGUUCUUGAAAAUAGCCCCUUGCUCUCGUAGCGUUUCAUGCACAGAGACCUGCAGCACAAAAUGCUUGUCCGUCAGAGGCGGUGACCCAUGAAAUAACAUUAGCAACCUCGGUCAUGAAGUAAUAUACUUUGGAAUACAAGCCUUUUAAGAUUAGCUACACAUUCAACAGCUUGCAGAAUGUGAGAGAACAAUCACAAACGACUAUUUAACAAGUCACUUAAAUGCCUUGUCUGCUUAAGACUAUGAAGAUCUUGUGUCCUGCUGAACAUAAAGUUGCCUGUUUGAAAAGCCUUGCUACUGAUUUGUCCACAGCACUGUAUUUCAAAAGCAUACUAAUACAGACUCUGUGGACAGCCUAAAAGGAGGCCAGAGUUGUGUGAGAGAUAAUGCUGGGUCCAGGCCUCCUACAGGAAAGGCCCCCCCCCACUCCUGCAAGCUUACAUAAGGGAACACACAAGCCUAUUUUUCUCUUAUUCUUAGGAAACAACACAUGCACUUUGACACAUCUCCCAUUGAGCACAAGGUCAGGUGACAUGUCUGGUCUCAGCUUGUGUAAAAUUUGUAUUACGUAGAUUAUCAAAAGGCAGAACAAUUUAGUAAGGGAUUGCUGUAUGUAGUGAAGAUUUAUUUUGGAACUUAAGCACUGGCCUUCUGGGUAUUAAACACUUACAUGGUGAAAAAUCAGGUGCAUUGGAAUUGUAAUAGAUUGGUUACAGUUAUCACUUGUUUUCUAGUGUGACAUUAAAUACUGAAACAUUCCCUUGCCUUCUUACCUUAAAUGAACAUAAUUUUAUUAAAUGCUUUCUUGCCUUUUCCUAUUUGUUCAUUUGUAAUUUCUGAAAUCAUUAGCAACUAGAAAAACCUAUAUGUAUUUCAUUUAUAAAUUGGAACAGCUUCUCUUAAUUUGUAUAUAACCUGUUUAAUUACAAAAUUUAUGUACAGUCUUUUAUAAUAAACCAUUCUCCUAUAA